AUGUUCUCUUCAUUCUUCAAUCAAGUAGCGGAAGGACUAGCGACUCCAGACAGUAAACCAGCUGCAGCUACCGGACAACAGAGCGGUGGAACAGAUUUUCUGGGAGGCCUCAUCAAUGUUGCCAAAGAAGUUGGACAAGUGAUCAAUGAGCCGAACAAUCCAUCAAAUCCACCCGCAAACAAACCACAAGAGACCUCGGGAUUUAAAGCUGAAGAUAUCGCACUAAUCUCGAAAGGAAUUGGAGCUCUAGUCAAUACAGUUAUGGCAAACCAAGCCUCCAAUGCAGGAGGGGAACAGACA